AUGACUAGAUCUCCGCGAAGAAGUUAUCGUUACGGUUAUGAUAGCAGUACCGAAGGGUACCGGUUCCCAUUGGGUCCCUCCCGUAACCGUAACCGGUGUAGUUUUACGGGAGGGAUCGACAUGAACCGGUAUCUGAAUGGUUAUUUAGUCCCUAUCUGGCGCUCUGACGCUGGAAUACGCUGGAACCGUAUCAGUAGCGAGCCUACAGCUACCGGCCACCGCGUCGAGAUCGCCUAA